AGAGCGCAGCUGAGGCACUAGAGCUCCAGGCACAAGGGCGGGAGCCACCGCCGCCCCUAUGGCGCCCGCCGCCCUCUGGGUCGCACUGGUCUUCGAACUGCAGCUGUGGGCCACCGGACACACAGUGCCCGCCCAGGUUGUCUUGACGCCCUACAAGCCGGAACCUGGGUAUGAGUGCCGAAUCUCACAGGAAUACUAUGACAGGAAGGCUCAGAUGUGCUGUGCUAAGUGUCCUCCUGGCCAAUAUGUGAAACAUUUCUGCAACAAGACCUCGGACACCGUGUGUGCAGACUGUGAGGCAAGCAUGUAUACCCAGGUCUGGAACCAGUUUCGCACAUGCCUGAGCUGCAGUUCUUCCUGUAGCAAUGACCAGGUGGAGACCCGCGCCUGCACUAAACAGCAGAACCGAGUGUGUGCAUGUGAAGCUGGCAGUUACUGUGCCUUGAAAAUGCAUUCUGGCAGCUGUCGACAGUGCAUGAGGCUGAACAAGUGCGCCCCUGGCUUCGGAGUGGCCAGUUCAAGAGCCCCAAAUGGAAACGUGGUAUGCAGUGCCUGUGCCCCGGGGACAUUCUCUGACACCACAUCAUCCACAGAUGUGUGCAGGCCCCACCGCACCUGUAGCAUCCUGGCUAUUCCCGGAAAUGCAAGCACAGAUGCAGUCUGUGCGCCUGAGUCCCCAACUCUAAGCACCGUUCCAAGGACAUUCUACGUAUCUCAGCCAGAGCCCACAAGAUCCCAGCCCCUGGAUCAAGAUCCAGGACCCAGCCAAACUCUAAGCAUCCUUACGUCCUUGGGUUCAACCCCCAUCAUUGAACAAAGUACCAAAGGUGGCAUUUCUCUUCCAAUUGGUCUGAUUGUCGGAGUGACAUCACUGGGUCUGCUGAUGUUAGGACUGGUGAACUGCUUCAUCCUGGUGCAGAGGAAAAAGAAGCCCUCCUGCCUACAAAGAGAUGCCAAGGUGCCUCAUCUGCCUGACGACAAAUCCCAGGAUGCAGUAGGCCUUGAACAGCAGCACCUGUUGACCACAGCACCCAGUUCCAGCAGCAGCUCCCUGGAGAGCUCAGCCAGCGCUGGAGACCGAAGGGCGCCCCCUGGAGGCCAUCCUCAAGCAAGAGUCAUGGCGGAGACCCAAGAGUCUCAGGAGACCCGCGCCAGCUCCAGGAGUUCAGAUUCUUCCCACGGAAGCCACGGGACCCACGUCAACGUCACCUGCAUCGUGAACGUCUGUAGUAGCUCCGACCACAGCUCUCAGUGCUCAUCCCAAGCCAGCGCCACGGUGGGAGACCCAGAUGCCAAGCCCUCAGCUUCCCCAAAGGAUGAGCAGGUCCCCUUCUCUCAGGAGGAGUGUCCUUCUCAGCUCCCGUGCGAGACCACAGAGGCGCUGCAGAGCCAUGAGAAACCCUUGCCCCUUGGUGUGCCGGAUAUGGGCAUGAAGCCCAGCCAAGCUGGCUGGUUCGAUCAGAUGGCAGUCAAAGUGGCCUGACCCCUGACAGGGGUAACACCCUGCAAAGGGACCCCCUAGACUCUGAACCCAUGGAACUUCAUGACUUUUGCUGGGCCCAUCUCCCUCAGUGGCCUCCAGAGCCCCAGUUGCAGGUCAAGUGAGCGCGGAGGCAGCUAGAGCGGUCAAAAACUGCCAUGGUGUUUUAUGGGGCAGUCCCAGGACGUCGUCGUUCUUCCGUGACCUCUCUGGAUCUCCUGGGCUCUGGCCUGAUUCUUGCUUCUGAGAGGCCCCAGUAUCUUUUCCUUCUAAGGAGCUAACAUCCUCUUCCAUAUGCUUGGAGGGAGAAUCCAAGUUCUUCCGCCUGAAUGCUGACCCUGCGGGGCGGUUCCAGCAAGUAGGAGGAAGCGGUGGCCUGGUAGGGCACAGAGGCCCUUCAGGUUAGUGCUAAACUCUUAAGAAGUACCCUCUCCAAGGCCACCGGAAUCUUUCUGAUGCAAGAAUCAGAGACCGCAUCAGGCAGGAGUGCUCCCUUACAGGAUGCUAGGGCUGUAACUCAGUGGUCCAGUGUGCUUCUAGCAUGCCCUGGGUUUGAGCUUCAGCAGCACAUGCAAGACGUAAGUAGACAGCAGACAGCACAGACAGCCCCCUGUGUGGUUUGCAGCCUCUGCCUUUGACAUCUACUCUGGUGGGCACACAGAGGGCUGCAGCUCCUCCUCCUGACCUUCUAAUGAGCCCUUCCAAGGCCAUGCCUUCCUUCAGGGAAUCUCAGGGACUGUAGCCAUCCAGGCCCCUGCAGCCACCUGUCUCUUCCUACCUCAGCCUGGACCACUCCCUCUAACUCCCCAACGGCUUGGUACUGUACUCGCUGUGACCCCCCCCCCCAAGUGCAUGUCCCAGUUAGGCACUGUGAGCUGGAACAGCUGAUGACAUCGGUUGAAGGGCCCACCCGGAAACAGCUGAAGCCAGCUGUUUUUGCCAAAGGAUUCGUGCCCGUUUUCUAAUCAACCUGCUCCCCUAGCCUGCCUGGAAGGAAAGGGUUCAGGGGACUCCUCAAGAGGCAAGUUCAGUCUCAGGUGCUUGGAUGCCGUAUGCUCACCGAUUCCACUGGAUAUGAACUUGACAGAGGAGCCUAGUUGUUGCCAUGGAGACUUAAAGAACUCAGCACUCUGGAAUCAAGAUAUUGGACACUUGGGACUGUAGAGGGGAAGGAACACUUCUGCCCCCUGGUGGCCAGUCCUGGGAUGACCUUGGGCCUCCUAGGCCACAAAAGAAUGAAUUGGAAAGGACUGUUUCUGGGUGUGGCCCUCAGCUCCUGUACUUGUGUGGAUCCUUAGAGGGUGCUAAGGAGCAAUUGCACUGUACGCUGGACAGAAUUCCUGCUUAUAAAUGCUUUUUGUUGUCGUUGUUUUGUACACUGAGCCCUGGCUGUGUCUGGGUCUGGAGCCACCCCACCCCACUCCCCAUGCCAUCUUUAGAGCCACCCUUGCAGAGAACCUGGCUGUCUCCCACUUGUAGCCUGUGGCUGCUGAGGAAACACCCAGCCAAGUAGACUCCAGGCAUGCUCCUAUCUCCUGGUCUGAGUCUGGUUUCCUCAUUGUGUUGUGGGAAGGAGAAGGGUCCUGUCACCUUGAAAGCCCACACAGUGCAUGUGAACAAUGGCUGUACCAGCUUAGACCAGCUUAGGGCUCUGUAAGCAGAGGAGGGGGUCAGGGAACAAUUUGAGUGCUGACCUAGAACACAUUCCUAAAGGAUGAGCGGUCCAGAAUCUCCCUCCUGCAGUGUGUGUGUCUGUAUAUGUGUGUGUGUGUGUUGGUGUGUAUGCAUGUUUGCAUGUAUGUGUGUGCCUGUGUGUGGAGGCCAGAGAGGUUGGCUUUGGGUGUGUUUGAUCACUCUCAGUUUACUGAGGCAGGACUCUCAUCUGCACCUACUCUUGCACUUUUGCUAGUCUAGCUUGCUUCAGGGAUCCCCUGUCUGCCUCUGGAGUGCUCGGGUUACAGGCAGGCUGCCAUACCUGCCCGGCAUUUACAUGAAUAGUAGAGUUCAGAAUUCUGGUCCUCACACUUGUGUACCCGGUAUUUUAUCCACUAAGAUAUCUCUCCAAGGGCUCCCCCUUUCUAUUUAGUAAGUUAGUUUUGAACUGGCAAGAUGGCUCAGUGGGUAAGGCAGUUUGUGGACAAACCUGAUGACCCGAUUGGAUCCCUGAACAUAAGGUAGAAGAGAACUGACUCCUGCAAGUUGUCCUCUGACCACCACCCCAUACAUGCUUCUGCAUAUGUGCACAUCACAUUCUUGCACACAC